AUGGCUCCCAAAGCCCCCUCCCGCGAGGCAUUGACAAUGCUUAAACAUUCCAUCCGGCCUUCAAGCGCCCUCCGUUCGCAGUCGCAGUGCCGUAUCGUACAUCCCUUCGCUGGCCCUACGCCUCGACUCCAAGCUCGGCCUCAAUUCUCAAGGCAAUCGCCGCGUGGUGUAGCUACGUACACGCAUGCUCAUCAUGCCGAAGCUGUCUCCGUCUUACCGACCAACGUCGACACCAAUGCAGAGGACUUUAAGGAGAAUAAAAGACAAAUGGAAGAAGCGACCGAGGCUCUUGAACAGCUUCACGCCAAGAUCGCGCAGGGCGGACCUGAGAAGGCGAGAGAAAAGCAUAUCCAGCGAGGCAAAAUGUUUGUCCGGGAUCGCAUCACGGCGCUGAUCGACCCAGGAACUCCUUUCCUAGAGUUCAGUCAAAUGGCAGGGUACGAAAUGUACAAGGGUGAAGAUGUUCCGGCUGGUGGCAUCAUUACGGGUGUCGGGACUGUGAACGGCGUGCAGUGCAUGAUCGUUGCGAACGAUUCGACAGUCAAAGGUGGAACUUACUACCCUAUCACUGUCAAGAAGCACUUGCGAGCACAGACUAUUGCACAGGAAAAUCGCCUACCCUGCAUCUAUCUCGUCGAUUCUGGAGGCGCAAAUCUUCCCAAUCAAGCCGACGUUUUUCCCGAUGUAAAUCAUUUCGGGCGCAUCUUCUACAACCAGGCCACUAUGUCUGGUAUGGGCAUUCCGCAGGUCAGCGUGGUCAUGGGCCCGUGUACUGCCGGUGGCGCCUACAUCCCCUCCAUGAGCGACGAAAGUAUCAUCGUGGAGAACCAAGGUCAUAUUUUCCUCGCUGGUCCUCCCCUUGUCAAAGCUGCAACUGGUGAGAUUGUCUCAGCAGAGGACUUGGGAGGAGGAAAAUUACAUAGCGAAAUCUCUGGCGUCACCGACUCUCUCGCUGUCGACGACGCCCACGCGCUCGUUCUUGCACGGAGGAGCGUCGGCAAUCUCAACUGGCACCGCAAGCAGACUUUCUCUCCCUCUGCGCAACCAACGAUCCAGGAGCCGCUCUACGACCCCAAGGAGCUCUCCGGAAUUGCGGGUACCAACCUAAGACGACAGAUCCCCAUUCACGAAAUCAUAGCGCGCAUCGUUGACGGCUCCGUUUUUUCUGAGUUCAAGCCCCUCUAUGGUCCCACCCUCGUUACAGGAUUCGCCAAAAUUUACGGCCAUCCCGUUGGUAUCGUUGCGAACAAUGGCAUUUUGUUCUCUGAGUGUUCGCUUAAGGGUGCGCACUUCGUCCAAUUAUGUGGAAAGCGACAGAUCCCCUUGAUCUUCCUUCAAAACAUUAGCGGCUUCAUGGUUGGCCGAGAUGCGGAAAUGGGUGGCAUUGCGAAGAAUGGUGCUAAGCUCGUGACGGCAGUGAGCUGCGUGGACGUACCGAAGUUCACCGUCAUUGUUGGAAGCUCAGCAGGCGCUGGUAACUAUGGCAUGUGUGGUCGCGCUUACUCGCCUCGAUUACUUUUCGCCUGGCCCAAUGCGAAAACCUCGGUUAUGGGUGCAGAGCAGCUCUCUUCGGUCAUGGAAGCAGUUGGCAAGAAAGUAGAUCCUGAUCUCAAAGCGCGCAUAGAGCGAGAGAGCGAGGCCACGUUCGGGUCGGCGCGGUUAUGGGACGAUGGCAUCAUUCCACCUGAGCACACAAGAAGAGUGCUGGGUAUGGGUCUUCAGAUGGCGCAAGGAGGCCAGAAUCUGGGCGUCGAGAGGGAAACAAAAUGGGGUGUAUUCAGAAUGUAA